AUGGUUUUGUUUUAUGGGGAAACUCCAGUCCUCCUCAUAGUCUUUCUUUUCAAUCUGUUCACCAUUCCUUCUAACGGAUGGGUAUGUGGAAGGCUCUUCUCUGAUUUGUGUCUUGAUCAAUACGACACUUCUGCAAUUAUUGUUCUGUCACUUCUAGUUAUAGCCACAGUUUUUUCUCUAAUAGCAGCAAUUUUACAAAUCCUCUGUAUGGUGAAACUAACUUAUCGCUACCUCUUGCCCUCAAGAAUUUUCUCUUUGUGUGCUGCAUUAUGCGCAAUGGCCAGCAUAUUCUACUACUACGAAGAAUUUAUACAACCAAGUUGGAGUCAAGAUAUUGCCUUACACGUGUCUGGUAUGAUAUCCGGUUUGGCAAUAUUCCAAAUAGCUAACUUCAUCUAUGUCAAAGUGGCCAAUGGCAAACUGCCCAAAGAGUAA